AUGUCGCGCAGCAUGGUAUACAAUCGGCUGCUGGGCGACUCCGAGCUAAUGGCAGGGGCUCUAAAGCUGCUACCAAGCAAGAAGGCCUACCCAACGGAGCGGGGCACAGAGUUGAAGUAUCUUCAAUCUUUUGUCACCUGGUUCAAAACUGCAGUCAAACUUCUGAGCCCCCACUUGUAUCCCGAGCAAACAGAGGGUACCAAGCAGGGCAUUAUCAAGGAAAUACUAUCUCAAAUCAGACGCAAGGAAGCUCGAUGCAAGCAGGAUCUUAUAUUCAUAUUUGUUAUACUUGCAAGAGGAAUGGGCAUGCACUGCCGGCUGAUCGUGAAUCUGCAGCCAAUGCCGAUGCGUCCCGCAGCCAGUGACCUAAUUCCGAUCAAGCUGAAAUCAAAUGAAAAAAAUAAGAGUCAAGGUCAGAAUCAGACGGUAGAUUCCGAUGAUAAGAGCGACGACUCCACAGGUGAAACGAUGGAGCGCAAAGCUGCUCCGGUGAUAAAUAGUAGCAAGCCACAGCUAUGCCCCUUAACCGAACCUAAAAAGCCCAGUCCCAGCUCACACAGUUUAAGAAGUGUUAAGAAGGAGAGCGAUACAGCUAAUCCGACUAAAAAAGAGUCUGAAGACAUCAAGACAAGAUGUAGUUCUAGGAAUGUCAAGGAGCAACGAGAGCGGACACUAAAUUCUAGCUUGGUCGAAAACGAAAGCCCACCUAAAAGUGGCCACAAAGCGUAUCCAAAGUCCGUAGAAUGUGGCUCCGAGGAAAAGCCAAGUACUUCGAAAGCAGCCAGGCCGCAGAUUUCGGCUCUAAAGCGUGGCGGACCGGUUACAGAAAUCACGGGCACAGACGAGAGCAAGAAAGCCAGGUUGGCUCCUCUAAAUGUGUCCUCCCCAAUAGCAGGACGUACGCUCAAAGCUGCUGAUAAGCCAAAACCGGCUGCUCUGCAAAAUAACAUAUCGGGGACUCCACCGAAAAUCGGAUCGCCCGUCGUUCCCAAGCUGGUGUUUUCGAAAUCCAAACUGCAGAAUGCCAAGCACAGUGACGCGGAGAACGCAAAUCCCACAGAGAAGCCGCAGCAUCAGAAACAGCUAAGUGCGCGAGACACACGCUCGCGUAGCAAGUCUCCAAAGGUCCACAUUUCGCCCAAUUUUUUAACGGGCAAGUCUGGCGCUGUAAGAGCAGAAAGAACAACGAGUCAAACGCGGAGGAAGGGCCAAGAGGCUGAGGCUACAACAUCUGAUGGACGGCAGCUUCGGACUCGCCAGCAGAAGAUCGCAAAACUUACCAUACCUCAGUUAGAUGGCACCGACGACCUGCCAGUGGCCAAAAAGCGACUUAAGCUGGAAAAGCUGCAUAAGCCGCAAGAUUCCGACGAAGUAUUUGAGCCAGCCAGGCCGGUGAAAAAGGCGCCGAUCCUGCCCAAGGCAAUGGAAAAGUUGCGCAAGGACAGGCGAGUCAUGUCCACAGAUGAUGAGAGCGGAUCGAAAGGCAAGCAGAGGCUUGACUCAGCUGACAUGUGGGUGGAGGUCUGGUCCGAGGUGGAAGAACAGUGGAUCUGCAUUGACUUGUUCAAGGGAAAGCUGCACUGCGUAGACACAAUAAGGAAAAACGCCUCUCCAGGCCUGGCCUAUGUAUUUGCUUUCCAGGAUGAUCAGAGUCUGAAGGAUGUAACCGCUCGCUACUGUGCCAAUUGGAGCUCCACCGUUCGUAAGGCACGUGUUGAAAAGGCCUGGAUCGAUGAAACCAUCGCUCCGUAUCUGGGUCGUCGCACCAAAAGAGAUAUUUGCGAGGAUGAGCAGCUAAGGCGAAUACACACGGAGAAACCCCUUCCCAAGUCUAUAGCCGAAUUUAAAGACCAUCCGCUGUAUGUUCUCGAGCGGCACCUUCUCAAGUUCCAAGGCCUCUAUCCAGCAGAUGCGCCAACUCUUGGUUUUAUCAAGGGGGAAGCUGUCUACUCAAGAGAUUGUGUGCACCUUCUGCACUCUCGAGAUAUUUGGCUGAAGAGCGCCCGCGUUGUGAAGCUGGGUGAGCAGCCCUACAAGACUGUCAAGGCGCGUCCUAAGUGGGAUAAGCUAACACGCUCUGUUAUUAAAGACCAACCCCUUGAGAUAUUUGGGUACUGGCAAACGCAAGAGUACGAACCUCCCACUGCGGAGAACGGCAUUGUUCCACGCAAUGCCUACGGCAAUGUCGAGCUAUUCAAAGCCUGCAUGCUUCCUAAGAAGACGGUGCACCUGAGGCUGCCGGGACUGAUGCGCGUUUGCAAGAAGUUGAGCAUAGACUGUGCAAAUGCAGUGGUCGGCUUUGAUUUCCAUCAGGGCGCUUGUCACCCCAUGUACGAUGGCUUUAUUAUCUGCGAAGAGUUCCGGGAAGUGGUAUGUGCGGCUUGGGAAGAGGAUCAGCAGGAGCAGGCGCGCAAAGAGCAGGAAAAGUAUGAGACCCGAGUCUUCGGCAAUUGGAAGAAGCUCAUCAAGGGUCUGAUCAUUCGCGAACGGCUCAAAAGGAAAUACAAUUUUUAA